AUGUCAGAUUCUAACACAACUUACUUCACCAACCCCUCCACCUUCAUUCUACUUGGCAUUCCUGGCCUAGAGGCAGCCCAUAUCUGGAUCUCCAUUCCCUUCUGUGCUGUGUACACCAUAGCUGUGUUGGGGAACUUCACCAUCCUGUUCAUCGUGAAGAGGGAGCCGAGCCUCCAUGUGCCCAUGUUCUAUUUCCUCUGCAUGCUGGCCAUCAGCGACCUGGUUAUGUCCACAUCCACCGUACCCAAAAUGUUGAGCAUCUUCUGGUUCAAUUCCAGGGAGAUCAGUUUCAAUGCCUGCCUCACCCAGAUGUACUUCGUUCACUGCUUCUCAGUGAUGGAGUCUGGAAUCCUUGUGGCCAUGGCUUUUGAUCGCUACAUGGCCAUCUGUAAUCCUCUGAGAUAUUCAAUGACCUUGACAAACUCUGUUGUGGCCAAGAUAGGCCUGGCAGUGGUUUUGCGUAGUGGUAUGCUCACAUUACCCUAUCCCUUAUUAGUGAGGCAGUGGCCAUAUUGCAGAACCAAUAUCAUCCCCAACUUUUUUUGUGGGCAUAUAGAUGUGGUGAAGCUGGCCUGCGCUGACAUUCGCAUCAGUAGUUACUAUGGCCUGUUUGAUCUUCUCUCUGUGAUCGGAAUGGAUGUGUUUUUUAUUGCCGUGUCCUAUAUUCAGAUCCUCCGGGCCAUCUUCCGCCUCCCCACAAAGGAUGCCCGGCUCAAAACUUUUGGGACCUGCAUCUCUCAUCUUUGUGCCAUCUCAGUUUUGUACAUCCCAGAUGUAUUCUCUUCUCUCGUUCAGCGCUUUGGCCACAAUGUGCCACUACAUUUCCUCAUUCUUAUUACCAGUGUGUACCAGCUGAUGCCCCCCAUGAUACAUCCCGUCAUUUAUGGAGUGAGGACCAAGCAGAUCCGGAACAGUCUGCUCCAGCUCUUUACUCAUAAGGGUGCCUAA